GCAAUGAAAAUUAGACAGAAUGCGAAAAAUAGAAGACCCACAUUUCACAGCUAACACAUGAUGAUCACAUGAAGAAAGAAAGAAAGAAAACACUGAGAAAAAAGUGGAGGAAUUGCAUCUUGCAAAGGCCACACAUACUGCAAAUACAAUAACAACAACAACACUCCAUCCUCUUAAACAAACAAACAAAAAAAAGACUUCGCGUCCAAGCAAUUUCCCAGUGACAUAAAAAACCCAAAACAAUUAUCAUCAAAAGGGGCAAACUUUGAAACCAAAAUCAGAUUUUUUUUUAUUUAUUUUUUAUUUUUUUGGUGAAUCUGAAUAGAUCAGAGGGUGAUGUCGUGUUCGUCGUCAUCGGGGUCGGAGGAAGGUGAUGAGGGAUUCGACUCUUACCGGAAAGGAGGGUACCACGCCGUCAGAGUCGCCGAUCAGUUCGCCGCCGGCAGGUACAUAGCGCAGAGAAAGUUGGGUUGGGGUCAGUUUUCCACCGUGUGGCUCGCUUACGAUACUAAAACUGAGUCAUAUGUUGCUCUCAAGAUCCAGAAAAGUGCAGCUCAGUUUGCUCAGGCUGCCCUUCAUGAGAUUGAACUUCUUUCAUCCAUUGCUGACCACAAUCCAACAAAUUCAAAAUUUGUUAUUCAAUUGAUUGACCACUUUAAGCACACAGGUCCAAAUGGGCAGCAUCUUUGCAUGGUCCUUGAGUUUCUUGGCGAUAGCUUGCUUCGCUUGAUCAGAUACAACCGCUAUAAAGGUCUUCCAUUGAAUAAAGUUAGAGAGAUUUGCAAAUGUGUUUUGACUGGUUUGGAUUACUUACAUACUGAUCGUGGUAUGAUCCACACUGACCUAAAACCUGAAAACAUUCUUCUAUGUUCAACCAUUGAUCCUGCCAAAGACCCUUUAAGGUCUGGACUUUCCCCAAUUCUUGAGCGGCCUGAGGGAAACACAAAUGGUGGAGUUACAAGUCUUAUUGAGAAAAGGUUGAGAAGGAGAGCAAGGACAGCAGUUGCUAAGAUAUCUGGAAGAAGAGCAUCAAUGGGAGGAAUAGGAGAUGCUGCAAAGACUGGUAGAAAUAUUGAUGGGAUUGAUGUGAGAUGCAAGAUAGUAGAUUUUGGAAAUGCUUGCUGGGCUGAUAAGCAGUUUGCAGAAGAAAUACAGACAAGGCAGUACAGAGCACCUGAAGUUAUACUGAAAGCUGGCUAUUCCUUCUCCGUUGACAUGUGGUCUUUAGCUUGCAUUGCUUUUGAACUUGCCACUGGAGAUAUGUUGUUUACACCCAAGGGCGGACAAGGUUUUAGUGAGGAUGAGGAUCACCUUGCCCUAAUGAUGGAACUCCUUGGAAAGAUGCCCCGGAAGAUUGCUACUGGUGGAGCUCAAUCCAAGGAUUUCUUUGACAGGCAUGGGGAUCUAAAAAGGAUUCGAAGGCUAAAAUUUUGUCCACUUGACAAAUUGCUGACUGAUAAAUAUAAAUUUUCAGUGAAUGAUGCUCAAGAGUUUUCAGAAUUUCUUUUACCACUCUUUGAUUUUGCACCAGAGAAGCGACCGACCGCACGACAGUGCCUGCAACACCCAUGGCUGAACUACAUGGAAUCUCCUCCAAAUGAAAUGAGAAAUGAAUCUGCUGUGGAAAAGGUAGAUGUUGGGAUGAGCAACCUUAAAAUCAGGGUGGAAAAGUGAAGGGGUAAAUUGUGUUUUGACAGUCAAAAUCUAAGGCACAUCUUUAAGCCCCUCCUUCCACAUGAACCACUAUUGAUUGUGAUUUAUUUUUUUUGUUGAACUUUAAUAAGAUUUUUUCUAUUGGAUUAUUAACUACAAAGAUGUAAAUCAGUAAAGAAUUUUGUUCCUCCAGAGAUAUCUGACAGCAGAAUCUGCGUGUAUAUUGUUCACAUGUUGUAACUUGUAAGUCAUGGCAUGACAUUCAUUCUUGUGUUUUCCUUUUUCCCCAUUGAGGUCAAGACUCAUAGUAUAAAACACAGGAUAGGAGAAUUUGUUGAUUCUAAUGUGAGGACUUUCUAUCCUUUUAAUUUUAUA